AUAUCUUCUUACAGUAUUUUUGAAAUAACGCAUCAAUGAUUUGUUCUGUUUUUGUUUUUAUUUAGUUUCAGUUCCUUUGUUUUUUAAUUUGAUGAUAACAAAUUGAAAGUAUCAAUGUCAUAAAUUAUGUAGUUGAAAUAUAAAAAGGAAUUUCAGUCUAUUUUUAUUAAUUCAAAUAAAUUAUCAUUGCCAACAAAGAUAAAGAAACAGUGCAAUAGUAAAAAAAAAGACUACAUUAUAUACAAAUAUAUCUUUUAUAUUUUAUAUUGCAUCUAUAAACCAAAAAUGCCGUAUCGAAUUCGAAAUGGAGACGAUUAUCCGACAUGGAUUGGCUUCAUAUUCGUUUUCAAUUUGAUUGUUGGCACCGGAGCUCUGACUUUGCCUGCUGCUUUUGCGAAGGCUGGAUGGCUGUUAAGUGUUGCGGUUAUUGUUCUUAUGGGUGGUAUUAGUUACAUGACAGCGACUUUUGUCAUUGAAACCAUGGCUUGUGCAAAUGCCGUGUUCUUAUGGCAGUGUUUGCAGUACCUGAAGAAGGAUCAAACAUCUGAAAAUGCAGAAUAUGAUGACAUUGAAAACGAAACUGACGAUCCAACAGAAAAGCUAUUGCCACGAAGCAGAGCACAAUUGUCAACAACUAUUGGAUCUAAUAGUGGCAGCCUCGAACAGAUACCGUUGUCGGCGCAGCGAUCGCAACACUAUAUGCUCGAUAAGAAAGUUGAAAUGGGUGAAAUGGCUGGGUUGUUUUUUAACGAUUUCGGACGGGUUAUGUUUUACUUGUGCAUUGUUAUCUAUAUGUAUGGAGACUUGAGCAUAUAUUCAGCGGCUGUAGCAAAGAGCUUGAGAGAUAUUGUUUGCCAAUAUAACUCAACAAACAUCAGCUCCAGUUAUCUUGAUACACCCACGGAUGCAUUAUGUUGGGAAACACAUACAAUGUCUCGGCUAGAUGUCUAUCGCCUGUUUUUAGUAGCAUUCAUCAUGACUUUGGCUCCAUUUACUUUAUUUAGUGUGCAACGAACUAAAUACAUCCAAAUGCUUACAGUGCUCUUUCGUUGGCUAGCUUUUUUAUCGAUGAUCGGAUUGGCAGUAAAGGCUCUGCUUUCAGACGGACCACAAGGACAUCCACCACCAGUUAAUAUUCUUAACCUUCCAUCGUUAUUCGGUACAUGUGUCUACUCUUUUAUGUGUCAUCAUUCGUUACCAAGUUUAAUUGUUCCUAUGAGUGAUAAGAAAAACUUAAAAUCAGUGCUCUCCUAUGAUUAUAUACUCAUAGGAUCAUUCUAUAUUGUGCUAGCUUUGACUGGCUCUUUUGCCUUUUCCCAAUUGGAGGAUUUAUAUACGUUAAAUUUCAUUCCAAAUUCUAAUAGUUCAUUAACACUCCAAUGUAUUGAAUAUUUUUUGGCUUUGUUUCCAGUGUUCACCUUAUCUGCAAGUUUUCCAGUUAUUGCAAUUACCCUGCGAAAUAAUUUGCAAACUCUGUUCUUGGAUAUGUCACGAUUUGAUUCGUAUAAUUUCUUUUUGCGACGACUUCUGUUUCCAAUUGUAGCCAUUCUUCCCCCAUUUGCAGUUACUUAUUUCACAGAGAGCUUAACAAGUUUGGUAGGUUUCACCGGAAGUUAUGCUGGUACAGGUAUUCAAUACAUUAUUCCAGUGGCUCUAGUUUAUUUUGCAAGACGCACUUGUAGAGAUUUGCUUGGACUUGGGCUGAUAAAUGAAUAUCGCAGUCCAUUUCGCAACUCAGGAUGGCUAAUAUUCGUUCUUAUAUGGUCUUGGACUUGUAUGAUAUUGGUCACAAUAAAUUUUUUUACGUUCAAUGCGUCCUAAUCCUAAUUCAAUCAAAAAUAGGUUAAACAAAAUUAAAAAUAAAAAGAUUAUUUUGUUUAUUCAAUAGAAAAUAUUAUUAGUGUGAAACAAAAUGACAAUAAGUAUCACUUAAACUAAAAUUAAAUAAGUAUAGAUAAAUAUAUAAUAUCCAAAUGCAUUUAUAUAGAAAUCAAGAAGGUCUCAGGUACAAAUAUUUGUAAAAUAAAUUUAUAAAUUGUGUACUCCUAAAUUAUAGUACAAUAAUUAAUAGUAAACUUAUUUUAAUAAGAUGUCAUUAUCAAUAUAAAUAUUUUAUAGAUUUGUAUCGAGCUGUCAAACUCAUCCUUGCAGGCAUUUGUUUCACUGCAAAUAUAAUAAUAUGGAAAUAAUUUGAAUUAAUUGAAAGUAUAUACUCAUAUAUAUGCAAAUAUUACUGAAUAUCAUUUUUGUUAGAGGUGCACAGAACCUUGCCAAAUUAGACAUUAGUCUUUGGAAUUGUAAGGAUCGUUAUAAAAAAAAUUACAAAAAGUCCCCAUAAAUCUCAUUAAAGAUUUAGUGCUGCAAAUUUCAGAGUAGAUCUCAGCUAGCCCUUGCAGAUCAUGAGGUCUGCUAUCAAAAAUUUUUUUUUUAAAUGAAAAACAAUGAUUUUUCACCUAUUAAGACUAAAUGCUAGUAUUUAUCUUAAGCACUGAAGGUAUUAAUUGUAAAAAUAUUGUUAUAUUAAACACAUAUUUUUGUUUGUAUUAUAAUUUUGUUAAGUAACGUAUAUACGAGUAUAUUUGAAAAAAUAAAAAAUGUUGUUUUUUUAA